CCGAGGCGAGGCUUCGGAUUGAUCAUUUCUCACUCACGCUCUCAGGGUCCUUGCUCCCCGACUCACCUCGCCCUCCUUCUCCUCUGCGGACCGCUCAUCAUCCCCCACUUGCACGCGACCUUGGAUGAGGCUGAUCGCUGUACCAUUGGCUCGUGUACGGCCUUCUGCUCACCCAGUCUGUACCUUUCUCGCACAACGCUCUCCAAGACCACAGCCGCCCAUCCCUACCCCAGCAUCCGCAACCGCAUCUUCUUCUCCCGCUGGCCCUUCCUCCUCCCCAUCCUCGCCCGCCUCUUCAGAAGCAUCCCCAUCUUCAUCCUCGGCUCAAACUCCACUUACCACUCGCAUUCUCACCAAAGCUUCCGACUUCUGGCUCAGCCUUGGAAGAGACGGUCAAGAUGGGAAAAAGGUAGCAGUGCUGGACUGGAAGCGGCGGACGUACAAGACGGGAGAGAAGUUGAUGGACCGCAUCGAGUACGAGGAGUGGGCGUUGAAGGCAGUGGACCCUACUUUGGGACCUUCGCUGAACCCGGUCAAGAAGAGCGAGGGAGAGGAGCUCAAGGACCUCAAGCCCGGAGAGACACCGUCGCACCUCGCAACCGUCCCAAUCCACUUUCCCCCGAGUCUCGUCUCCCCCACACAUCUCUUGCACACCCUCCGCACUCUUACAGCCUCACGGACACCUCAUCAUCGUAGAAGCUUGAUCCUCUGCGUGGUCGGCAUGCCCUUCACAAUACCCUUUAUGCUCAUCCCAGUCGUGCCCAACUUGCCCUUCUUUUACUUGGUUUGGAGAGCUUGGAGUCACUGGCGAGCUUUCCAAUCGUCGCAAUACCUCUCCACUCUCCUCACCCAGAACCGCCUUCUUCCCAAGGCCGACACAUCUCUAGAUCCCAUCUUUGGAAAGUACAACUUCGAACCCAUCCUAGACGCUCCCUCCACCAACCCCUCGUCCUCUUCUUCUUCAGGAGCAAGCUCCCCGAACCUCACCACUUCAGGUGGUGUCAAGAAGAUCGAGCCUGUCCUCCUUUUGAGUCCGCGGCAGAUUGAGAUGCUCAAGACGGAAUUGAAGCUGGAUCAACAGAGUGUGAAUGAACUGGUUAGGGCCAGACAGCAGACCUUGUUGAGUGUGCAGAAGGGAGAGAUGGACAAGAUUGAAAAGGCUGCUGAGGGGGUGAAAGAGGGCGAGGGCGCUCAACCGGGGACAGGCAGCGAUGGAGAGACCAAAGGAUAGCCCUUUGAAGCUUGGAGAGUAAGAGGUGCUGGGUGUGGAAUAUGCAAUUUAGAUCAAAGGACUUUGAUGGCUGCUCCUAGACGCUUUAGCAGCUAUACUCAAGAUAGAGGAGCGGGGGCUGUAUUGCAUGACUCUUAUCACCGCCUCAUGUCAUCAGACGACUUCUUGCACAGAUACUAGGGACUUUCAACCUCCUUGCAAUGCACAUAGGCUUGUCAG